AUGAAUCUUGCUUAUAAUAUUGUUUUCAUAUUCCUCUACGCAUACGUGUCGGCAGUUAGCAGUCAAUUACAAAUUCAAAAUGGCAAAAUCAAUAUUAGGAUUGGAACCACUUCAGGAUGCAGUGAUGCAGCAAGAUUCAUGACUCAAAUUCGUUCAACGUACGACAGAUUCAAGGAUUUCGUAAAUUUUGAAUUCGUCCCUUGGGGAAGGACUAGAAGAGAUGAAAAUGGUGAUCUAGUUUGUCAGUUUAGAGCCCCAGAUUGUUGGGCUAACCGUGUACACCGAUGCGCUCUUCAUAUGCUUGAAGGAAAUGCUGACGCUCAGAUGAAUUAUAUGGAAUGCGAAUUUAGUCCUCCAUAUCCUGCUUUCCGACAGAGGAGUAUCCUUUGUGCUUAUGCUGCGGGGUUAAGUGUAGUCGAGAUGGAUAUAUGCAUCAGAACAAGAGUUGGAGAUGAUCUGGAAGGCCCAGCUGAAGAAAUCUCAAGGGAGCCGAUAGAAGUUAUCAAUUUUGUACCCUUUAUCGUUUUUAAUAACAAUACCAAUAGAGCGUUACAUCUUCAAGGCUAUCGUAGAUUAGAGAGUGUGAUUUGUUUUGCAUUGGCUGAUAAUGACACUACGGGAGUCACGCAUUGUAAAAUUUAA